AUGGAAUCUGACGAGAACACAAAUUCCUACACCACUGACGAAGACGCCGAAUAUUCUGUCCUUUUGGACCGCCGAGAGCAGCUGACCGAUCUUCUUGCCGAGUCACCUUAUGACCUGAUCCGCUACCUCCAACGAGCGGUCGUCUACUCCAACCUUGGCUACCCGGACCUCGCCGCCGGCGAUGCCUAUCGCGCCUUGCUCCUGACCGACGAGGUCCGAAACGAAGGCUUCGAGUACCAUGACCAGGCUGUUCAUGCUCUCCAGCCCUACUUGUCCUCUCCCUCCGCUCUUCCCGAGGUCCUGAACCAUGGCGCCCUCCGGCAAGGGUCCGGCGGCAUGGUCAACGGCCACGGCCCUCAAGGCCCAGAAUUCUACCAGGAGAUCGCCGCCGUAGCAUCUGUGCGAUGCUACCAGAUCAUAUCCCUCAGCCUGCUGCUUUGUGGCUGCUUGAGCAGUGCCCAGACUUACUGUGAACGCGGCCUCGCAGCAUCGCCAAACAACCAGGAACUGCUGAAUACCAAAAGCCACAUCUUGACUGUGGCUCGCCGCAGGCUCCAGACUCAAGAUGUCGAUGUUGGUCGACUACCCGAGUGGGGUCAUGUGCGAAGAGAGGUCUAUCCAUGGAAUACUCACGAGCCAGAUCGGUUCUCUGCCAAGUCUUUGUCGUUUCUGAACCAAGAGCUCGCGAGCAUGGCACCGAAGUGCGAGGUGCGGGUUUCCGAGCUUCCCGUCCUUCUCGACUCAGCAAGCAACACCGACGACUAUGAGAUCAUUCCUACUUGCAACCAGCUGGGCGUAUUUGCAAAGGAGGAUAUCGCUCCCGGAGAAACCGUGCUCAAUGAAUACUCGCUCUUGACGGCCAACAACAGGCUCAAGGACCAGUUGUGUGACGCCUGUGGUACUGAAUUGCCUCCCUUGAGCGCUGAAGGUGGGCCUGUCAGCUGCGACGAGUGCUACGACACGGUCUUCUGUGACCAAUUCUGCCAUGACAAAGCGCAGGAGCUCUACCACCCAGCCGUUUGUGAGAAGGAUGUCGAUGCUAUCGCCAAAGACCCCGACGCUGCAGAGUCUAGCGCAUCACUGCACCUCCUUCUUCUAGCUCGGCUCCUUGCUAUGUCGGCACAUCAGGAGGUUCACCCACUACAAUUAAAGAACAUCAAGUACAUCUGGGGCGACUUCAUUCCUCCUCACACCAACGCAAUUUCUAUCUCGCCUAAUGCCGGACCACCGCCGGAUUGGACCCUACCCUUCUCUUUCAAGUACAACGUCGAGACGCCGCUGCAUAUUCUCGAGAAGAUGGACAUCGACAUCUACCAGACUCUCCCCCAAUACGAUUUGUGGGUCCUGAACACCUGCUUCGCCAAGUUCCGCGGCACGGCAUCGGCGAGACAGAGCACUCGAGAUGGACGGCCCGAUGUCGCGGCCGUACACCCUUUCUGGUGCCUUGCGAACCACGACUGCAACCCGAACGUGACGUGGGAAUGGGGUGGCAGGAUGAAGCUCUGGGCACGAGAACGCAAGGUUGUGGGCAAUCAGCCGGGUGGCAUCAAAGCCGGCGAAGAGAUUCUAAAUCACUACUGCGACAUCGACUUGCCUGUUCAUAAGAGACGGGAAUGGGCCGAGGGAAGUCUUGGUGGCUGGUGCAUGUGCAAGAGAUGCAGGGACGAAAUUGCACACGGCGGAACUGCAACGAAUGGAGUCGACGGUGCCGCGCCACACCGAGCGAACGAGGUGAAUGGAGUGUCCGGAGUGGACGGAGUAGACGGUUCUACCCCAGAGCCAAUGGACUGGGCGGUCCAUCACAAAAGAGAGGACGUCAUAAUGGCAGGCAUUGACGGAUCCUCGCGGGGUUGA